AUGAACAACAAGAAGAAUGGAAGUGUUGAUAAUGAGGAUUCUGUAAAAGCUGAACCAAUGGGUGCUGAAACUGAUGAGAGCAGGAAGUUUCAAAGGACUAGCUCUGUCAAGGUUGAGCAGGGGAACUCAAUAGAUAAUGGGAAUGGGAAGGUGAAGAGAAGUAAUCCGACUGGCACACCAAAUUCUGAGAAGUUAAUGAAGUCGGAAACUUCCACGAAUGGGAAAAAAGUUGAGAGGGUUGAUGUCCAGACACCAAAGAAUGCUGCUGGAGAAUCUGUUCAGAAUGAGAAAAGAAUUAAAGAAGAUAAGCCGAGUUCUGAUAGGCAAAAACUGGCAUCAGACCCCGUUGGUCCUCCAAGGCUGACUUCUCUUGUUUAUUGUAAGGACUCGGUGAGGGACAAAAUCCGGGAACUUCUUGCAGAGGCCCUGUGCAAAGUCUCAAGCGAGGUCGAUGAUGAUCUAAGAGAUCAAGUGAGUGCAUCUGAUCCUUAUCGAGUGGCUGUUCUAGUGGAGACUGCAAUGUUCGAGAAGUGGGGUAAAUCCACUGGUGCUCAGAAGAUGAAAUAUAGAUCGAUAAUGUUCAAUAUUAAGGAUCCAAAAAAUCAAGAUUUUUGUAGAAAGGUCCUCCUCGGGCAGUUUGAGCCACGUGCCAUCCUCGAACUGACACCAGAAGAAAUGGCCAGUGAUGCGAGGCAAAUUCAGAAUGAAAAAAUCAAACAAAAAGCACUGUUUGAAUGCGAGCGCGGAGCGCCUCCACAGGCCAACGCUAGUUAG